ACCUCGAUGCUUUUGAUAGACAAUCAGGAAAAUCGUCGGCAAAAACGGUAUUCAAGGAAUUGACGAGCGGCAUAUCAGAGUCAUCCAUCAUGUCUGUAGCGAAAACAACAAAAGUCCGAGUCGCCCUCGACUGGACGCCAAACACCAUCCACUCCGGCCUCUACCUCGCCCAGGCCAAGAACCUCUACGCCGACGCCGGUCUGCACGUCGAACUGAUCGCCCCGGAUGAAAGUUACAGCACCACACCCGCCCGCCAACUGGCCGCGGGCAGCGUAGACCUCGCCAUCUGCCCCAGCGAGUCGUGCAUAGCGUACAACGAAAGCGGGCGAAUGCCACUGCAAGCCAUCUACGCCCUGCUACAGCGAGACGCGAGCGCCAUCGUUUCAACGCGGGAAUCUAACCUGGCGAAGUUGGGAGAAGGCGUGUACGGGAGCUACUCUGCGAAGUACGAGGAUGGGAUUGUGAGAGCCAUGGUCUCUGCUGCGGGGGGCAAGGGGCAGGCAAUGCGAGUCAAAGGGAGCAAUGAGGUGGGGAAAUUGUCGCUCUUCGAGGCAGCGCGCAAAGGCGAUGUGGAUGCUACUUGGGUGUUUAUGCCGUGGGAGGGCGUCGAAGCGGAGUUGGACGGGGUGCCGAUCUACGCCUUCCGCGCGGAGGAGUACGGCGUGCCGUACGGGUAUUCGCCGGUGAUUGCGAGGAACGCAGACAAAAGUUUGGACGCGAAAGUGCUGAGGAGGUUUGUGCGGGCGACGAAGUUGGGGUACGAGGCUGCGGGGAGGGAUGCGCGGGAGGCGGCGGCAGUGUUGCAGAGCCACUGUCGGCCGCAGCGCUCGGAGCGGUUCCUGGCCGCGAGUCAGGAGCGGAUCAAUGGGUUUUAUGGUGACGGGUCGAAAGCAGGCCUGGGAUCUAUGGAGCCGGGCAAAUGGGAGACGUGGAUUGCGUGGUUACGGGAGCAGGGUUUGCUGGCACGGGAAGGGGUGCGGACGGAGCAGCUGUUCACGAAUGAGUUCUUCGAGGUGUAAGCAUGCUCGGCAGUGUUUGCCAGAGUGUGUCGAGAUUGCUCUGCUGCGAGUCAGGGGUGGAGAUGCAUGGUGAUCACGGGUGGAGUAGGCUAAAAGCAAGCGUUUCCUGUAGCCGCCUGGCCGGUGUUUCUUCUGUCGUUCGCAAAGUGUGGGGGCCAUGUACCUGAGCCGGUGUCCUGGCACGGUGUGUUGUGUCGUGCGGUGUGAUGGGAGUGUGCUUGGUGUGCAUCAUGGCAGGCGGUAUACCCUUCGUCGAGCUCCGCAUGGCCAUCGGCACAUCUAACCCUGUGAAUCUUGUAGCAUGCAUGCUCGCUGACACCUAUCCGCGGCACACCCUCGGUGAACUAUCCCAAUAGGUAUUUGGAGCGUUGCUGUAGCUGCAGCAGCGGUGUCGAUCGUUGCCAUUGACGAGUGCAGUGCC